ACUUUUUAAUAAUAACAACUUUACUUACAGUAGAAAUGUAAAAACGUCAAACGCUUUCAUUCACGGCUCUUAUCCUGAAAUCUAAGAUCCUAACCGGAAGUGCGCUGGUCUGACAUAAACAGACGCAGAUUAUCCACCAAACAACGAAAGUCAUGUCGUUCUGCUCUUUCUUCGGUGGAGAAGUCUUUAAAGACCAUUUCAAACCAGGGAUUUACGUGUGCUCCAAGUGUGACCACCAGCUGUUUUCCAGUCGCUCCAAGUAUGAGCACUCCUCUCCUUGGCCAGCCUUCACAGACACCAUCCUGGAGGACAGUGUGUCCAAACAUCAGGAGAGACCCGGGGCAUUCAAGGUGCGUUGUGGGAACAGCUCACUGAAGUUCGUCCCUAAAGAUAAGGUUGAUGGGCAGUAAGGUGAGCUGUAGGACGCCAGUGUGGCAGGGUUAGAUGUUUCUCUGGCCUGUUGAAGGUGUGGGCAGCGAAUGAAGAGCUCUGGAACAAAGCCCAGCCUGGGAGCACCAGGGCUCUGAUGAAGGGUGACCUCAUUAAACAGCGACGGCAGAGAAAUACCGGCAAUACCUUUUGGAUCUGCAAUCGCAGCAGACUCGGCAACUCAUUCAGUCUCUUUAAAUCACCACACUCUCACCAGUUUUUUUUAUUGAUUUAGAUUUUCUCAACGAAGCAGAUUUUAUGGGAUGUUUAUUAUUGAGUAAAUAUUUAUAAAUUAGUGUGUAAAAAGAAACACCGGUAGAUAAAUCUGGAAAUCGUCAUGUUUCCUUUUAUUUCUUUGAAAAUAUGUUGAUUUGCAUGUUUGACAUGCUGAAUGGAUGCAAAUUAAGUGGCAUUACAUUGUUUUUUAUGAAAUGAAAACAUGCUGAUCUGAUUUAUAGCAGUUUAAAAUAUCUUAAAGACCAGUGAUUCACAUGUAAAAACUGAAAUAAAGAUAUUUUUAAUUAA